AUGAGUGAACCAUGGUUCCUACCCAUCCAGUCAGCGGGACUGGCCGCUCAGCCCAGGCCACUGCGCGCCAUCCGGACAGAAGCGGAAGAUGCAGGGGUGGAUGAAGAUGAAACCAUGGAAGCAAGGCGCUGUCUUUUGGGAACUCCGCAGAUUCUGGACAUCGAGGAAGGGAAGAAGGAAGCACGGAAGGGCCUGGAGACACCUGUCCAGAGCCGAAGCGUGCGGAUGUUGGAAGACGCUUUGGAGGAGGCUGGAGCAGAGCAUUGCGGCCUUACCCCCACUGAGACAGAGAAAGCAAGGCGAAUUCUUGCUGAGGAGCAACUGAAGGAGGAGAAAGGUUUCAUUGCGACACGCAGUGAGAUCUACUCCAUCUUUGCCUGUUGCUGCAGCAGGCAGAAAGAAGCCCUUCUCACAAGGUUUCAGCAGGUAGGCAUCACACUGCGCUUCUGCGCAGCGAUGUUGCUGUUGUUUCUGCAGGCCAGUUCCAAACAGUGCUUAUCCGAGAUGAUGGCCUGGGUGCUGCUUGCGGUUCUGGCAGCAGCAUUCCAGUGCCAGAAGGAUGGAUUCGAUACGGCUAGAAAAGAGGCCCUGAGCGGGCCGCAUGGUGUACAAAGUGCAGCCUUGAACAAGGCCAAUGGUCCCAGCCUGUUCGCCGCUGCUGUAAGUCAAUUGAUCCGACCCGUACCAUGGCCGAAAGCUGCUGCGGAGGGUUGUGAGGUUCUGAGGCCUUCGAAAGCUGCUGCGGAGGUUGUGAAGGCUUUAAGGUACCAUGGCAAAGCAAGUGGGACGCCUGUGAAAGCUGCUGCGGAGGGUUGUGAGGUUCUGAGGCCUUCAAAAGCUGCUGCGGAGGUUUUGAGGGUUUUAAGGUACCAUGGCCGAAAGCUGCUGCGGAGGGUUGUGAAUUCUGAGGCCUUCGAAAGCUGCUGCAGAGGUUUUGAGGGUUUUAAGGUACCAUGGCCGAAAGCUGCUGCGGAGGGUUGUGAGGUUCUGAGGCCUUCGAAAGCUGCUGCAGAGGUUUUGAAGGUUUUAAGGUACCAUGGCCGAAAGCUGCUGCGGAGGGUUGUGAAUUCUGAGGCCUUCGAAAGCUGCUGCGGAGGUUUUGAGGGUUUUAAGGUACCAUGGCCGAAAGCUGCUGCGGAGGGUUGUGAGGUUCUGAGGCCUUCGAAAGCUGGCCUACGGAGGUACCAUGGCCGAAAGCUGCUGCUGCGGAGGGUUGUGAGGUACCAUGGCAAAGCAAGUGGGACGCCUGUGAAAGCUGCUGCGGAGGGUUGUGAGGUUCUGUACCAUGGCCGAAAGCUGCUGCUGCGGAGGGUUGUGAGGUACCAUGGCAAAGCAAGUGGGACGCCUUCGAAAGCUGCUGCGGAAGGUUGUGAGGUUCUGAGGCCGUCGAAAGCUGCUAGAGGAAUUUGGAAAGGUUCCGAUCCAAGGAUCCAAGCGGUGGCACGUGGCAAUGCUGCUCGCAAGGUCCUGCAGGCGUCCUCGACUAUACAGCCUUUCGACGGAGAUGACUGGGAAGCACAGGGCUUCGUUCUUCGACGGACAGAUUUGACAGGAAAAUUCAAUGCAGCUGUUGGCGAUCAAGUUCAGAUUGUUGGCGAUGACCUGCUGGUGCUCCUGUCAGACGCGAGAGAUCUUUUGAGAUUGACAUGUCACAAAUCCUACAAGGGUGCGAAAAGCGCUGGACUGCAAACCUUGCAACGCGCUGUUGCUUCAGGAUGGGUGAAUGUGCAGAUAACUUUGGAGAUUUUGGCACACCCAGAGGAUUUGACCCAGCUUAGGUCCAUAUCGUUCCAUCCUACCGAUGAUGGUCCCGAUUGA